GCAGCAUUGCAGAGAGACCACUGUGAAGGCUGCGAGGAGCUGGGGUGGCCACAUUUGUGGAAGCUGCACAAUCUAAAGUUUUCAACUGAAUUUGUGUAACAGAGCUUGGGCUGAGCUCUAAGGGCUGGAUUCCGAGCUGUGUUACAGCAGUGCAGAUCUGGAAUAUAUCCAUUGACUUCAGUGGAGUUAUUUCAGUUUACACAAGAGAGCUCAGAAUCGGAGCCUAAAAGUGGGAUGGAAGAGAACUAAACUGCCUUGGAGCCAGGGCACUGGGGCUGAGAGCUGGGAUAAUUGCACUGAUACAAUGAGCUGGGAGGCUGAAUGCAGAGAUAAUUGCUCUGGAGCAAAUUCCUGAGGCUAGCGAAAAAACGCAAGCAAUGGCCCCCGGGAACAGAGGGAAAGGGAAGAAAGAAGGGAAACAGAAGAAAAAGAAGAAUGUGGCAGAAAAUGAAGUGGAGGAGAAAUACAGGAAAGCAGCCCUGGAGGUCGACAUCCUGAAAGAGCACCUGGCCCUCCAGAGGGAUGUGGCCAGGCAGGUGAAGGCUGACAAAGAAGGACUCAAGCAGAGGCUGCUGGAGCUGGAGCGGGAGCUGGAGAUGUCGCGGGACGACAAGAAAGACAUUUACGAAGAGAUGAUCCGGCAGUAUCAGGAACUCCAGCAGCAGACAGAGACCCGCAUACACCACCUGGAGACCGAGGCGAAGCAGCUCCAGGAGCAGCUCGCAACUUGCCGUGAGGCUAUCCAGCAGGCCCGGGUGGAGAGAGAGCAGGAGCUGGGGAAGAAGGACCGGACCAUCGCAGAGCUGCAGGGCAAAAUUGAUGCCAUGGAGACAGAGUAUGAAAAGAUCCUGCACGGCAGCCUGGACCGAGUCCUUUCCAAGCUGGCAGCUGCCCAGGGCUGCUGGGAGAAGGAAGCCACAGCCAUGCACACAGAGCACAAGGAGAGACUGCGAGAGUUCGGGCUCAAUCCCCUGGAGAUCUAGGGCCCUGGUUUACACUGGGGAAAGGGGCCGUGUGGAUGCCCCAUCAUGGCCAAGCACUAAUCUCCCAGCAGUGGCAGCUGCGAUGGGUUGCCUUGCAGGGCUAGCAGGUAUUCUCCUAACUUGGGGGGGCAAAGGGGGACU